GCACAGAGAGGCUGCACCGGGAGCGCAGGAGCCAAGCCAUGUCACGUUAACAGCAACGGGGUGACUGCGGAGGGGGCAUCGGUGGCAAACUCUUCGCUCGGGAAAUGUCCUUCAUGCUGCAGCUCCUGAGGAGAGAAUGAAGCGCAAAAGCGAGAAGAGGCGAACCGAGUCGAGGAAAAAACGCCGCGCAGCCCACAGCAGCUCAGAGGCGGAGCUAAGCUCUGAUAUUUACAUUGAGAUAACAGAUCAACUAUAUUUUGCCAUACUUUAUCAAAAGAUCAAGAGCACAGCUGACCGACACUGUUUCUGCAUAGAUGAAGAGCUGGCAUAUGAGAACUUCUAUGCGGACUUCGGUCCCCUUAACCUGGCCAUGUUUUAUCGCUUCUGUUGCAAGCUGACAAAGAAGCUCAAGUCAAUUACACUCACGAGGAAGAAGAUCAUUUUUUAUACUUGUGGGGAUCAGAAAAAACAAGCCAACGCUGCCUAUCUAAUAGGAUCGUAUGCAGUGAUGCAUCUAAACAUGACACCAGAGGACGCCUACAGCCUACUGGUAUCCAGGAAUUCAACUUAUCUUCCAUUCAGAGAUGCCUCGUUUGGAACCUGCAUGUACAAUCUGGACAUUCUGGACUGCCUGCGUGGAGUUGACAAAGCUGUGCAGUACGGCUGGCUGAACUUCUCCAACUUUGAUGUGGAAGAGUACGAGCACUACGAGAGGGCGGAGAACGGAGACUUUAACUGGAUAAUUCCUGGGAAGUUCCUCGCGUUCAGUGGCCCUCAUCCAAAAAGCAAGAUAGAAAAUGGGUACCCUUUACAUGCUCCCGAGGCCUACAUCCCGUACUUCAGAAAACACAACAUCACCACUAUCAUCAGACUCAACAAGAAGAUGUACGAUGCAAGACGUUUCACAGAUUCAGACUUUGAGCAUCAUGACCUGUUCUUUGUGGACGGGAGCACGCCGAACGACACCAUCGUCAGAAAGUUCCUCAACAUCUGUGAGAACACAGAGGGAGCUAUUGCGGUCCACUGCAAGGCUGGCCUGGGAAGAACCGGUACGCUAAUCGCCUGUUAUAUGAUGAAACAUUACGGCCUGACUGCAGCGGAGGCCAUCGCAUGGAUACGGAUCUGCCGGCCAGGAUCCAUCAUUGGACCACAGCAAAACUUUGUAGAAGAAAAGCAGAACAGCCUCUGGGCAGAGGGAGAUGUUUUCCGGGAGAAGAAGCUGAAUGAGCGGGAAAACGGCAAGACGGCUGUAACCAGGAUCCUGUCUGGAGUGGACGACAUCACAAUCAACGGCAGCAACAAGAACAGGGCAUCCAAGAAAGAAGAAAUAGAGCUGUACAAUGACGAAGAUGAGAGAAACGGCGUCACGCAGGGCGAUAAACUACGAGCCCUAAAGAGCAAGAGGCAGGCCAGGUCGUCUUCAGGUUCUCUGUCCAGGGUGAUCACACAGGACAGUGUUGAGGGCUGUAAGACCAGUGUCAGCGCCCUGGCUCUGUCUGACCGCUCAGACAGCAGGAAGAGGACCAGAGCAUCUCUGCCAGCUAACGGAGUAGGAGGAAGCUCCCUGAGCCAAACCAGGCUGGUCAGGUCCCUAGGCAACCUGCAUGUAGUGGCUGGCAACAGCGACCCAAUGUUCUGUGAGCCGUGUGGCAGCCAUAGAGACACGGCCAGUCUCAGAGCCAACACAGGCGCCCUCAUCAACUUAAACGCAGCACAGGGACACCUGCAGUCACUCCAUACCCAAAGCUAGAGCUCCUCUCCUCCGGUAAACCUGUGAACCUGGAAAAAUGCGAAGAUAUCCAAUCUGUUUUGGAGAAAGGCUGGCAUGAAUCUCAACUUGGUGUGAACGUUUACUGCAGAGGAACAAGAUGGUUUUAUUUUUUUUAACAAAAACACUGCAUCAUUAAAUUUUAAUUGUGUUUGUUUUUACUUACUGAAUCAUUCAGCUAAAAUGUCUGAAUUAUCGGCAACCACAACUAGUAUAACAAGUGUAAAGCUGAGAAAUUAUUGGUUCACACAAUCAUAGCAUGAAGUACUGUGCACCGUCAUACUGCCAUUCAGCAUGUUUUGGACGAGGCCUGUCAUUUGGUCACCUUUUCAGCUCCUUUAUUUCAAAGCUGUACAUGUGUCAACAUUUAAUAUACGGUUUGUAUAUUGUAAAUAUUUUGUACUGUUAAAAUCAUGUCAUGAAAUGGUCCCAACGGGGCCUUUUCUCUUUAUAAUCCUAGAAAAAUAUGAAUUUUAAAUAAAUGUACUCCCAAAUGAA